AUGAGUUUGCAGAAAUUGCCAGUCACCAUUCUCACUUGCGAAACCCUAGUGGUUCUCAAGCUUGUAGGUUUCAGAGUGGAAGACGACGAAGCCUAUUCUUGUGUUGUACUUCCAUCACUCAAAACCCUAAUCUUCAAAUAUAUUGGGUUCCCUAAACUUAGAGAUUUUCUCAUGUUUCUAUCUGGAUGUCCAAUUCUUGAAGUUUUACUCACACUUCAUGUGUCAUUUGUUUCCAAUGAAUCUCUAACUUGCAUCGAGUGGAACAGCUUUUGCUUAAAUAACUUGAAUAAAGCUGAUAUCAAUUCUGCAUAUUGUUAUAUUCCGUUAAAACCUUUUCGCAAUGUAACUUCGUUGCGCUUUGAAAUUGAUAAGGUGAAUUUUCGUGAUGAUUUUGAUUUCAUUCCUACUUUUCAUAAUUUGACUCAACUGAAGCUUAUUUCUCUGGAUUAUACUUGGUCGUUCUUACUACAACUUCUCAACCACUGCCCUAAGCUUCAAAGACUUGACGUUGAUCAGGCUGACACGGACAAGAGAACAUGGGGUAGACAAGAUUACAAAGAAUAUUGGGUAGAUCCCGCUGUUGUUCCGCAAUGUCUUUCAUUACACCUUAGAACAUGUAAUUUGUUCAACUUCUUAGGCCUUCGAGUUUCUACCAUGCAACUACUAUAUUUGGUGGGUUUGAAUUUGAACUUUGAUGGUGAUGAAAUUUGUCCUCAUGAACCUUCAGCAUUGCCUUAUUGUUACCAUGAGUUGAUUGUGUGA